AUAUGUCUCUAACUGAAUAAAAAAUGAAUCGAAAUAAUGGCAUUACAUCUAUGUACGAAGCGAAUCAUCAGUUAUUGGCAUCAGUUACAGUUAUUACCUCAUCCCGAUGACGAAUAUACGAUGGAAAGACGAUGUCUCGUACGCAAUGACCCCCUACAAAUUGCUAACGUGGCCCAUCGGCGUUUGGCCACUUCAAGUUUAUAACAUCUAUUCGCUUUUACGAUGCAUCUUUGCUACCUGUUGCGUGAGUCUAAUGGUAAUAUUGCCUUCCAUCGAACUCUAUACGGACUGCAAUAACGCUGAACAGAACGUAGACAGCCUUAUGUUACUCUGUUGCGGAAUACUUGGUAUACUGAAGACAGUAUGGUUUCGCAUUCACGCAAGGAAUUUGACUAACAAUUACAGCUCUGCUCUAAAUGAUUAUUUGAUGAUUAAAAACGCAAAACAUCGAGCUAUUAUGCGAAAACAUGCUUCUACGGGAAGAAUUCUCUGCUGUUUUCUAAUGUGUUUUUCUUACUUUAGUUGUCUAUUAUACACAAUAAUUCCUUUUUUAAGUAAUGCUAAUAAUAAAAUAAAUGUAACGAGUGAGACUAUGUUACAGUAUACAGUACCAUCAAGAUGUGCUUUGGAGUACUUCAAUGCUCCAACAAGCAUGCAUACAAUCUUGUGUCUCAUCGAAGCUAUCUCGCUUACUCUAACAAGUACUACUAAUCAUGGUAACGACUCUUUGUUUUUCAACAUUACGCUGCACAUUUGCGGUCAAGUGGAAAUUUUGAAAGCCAAGUUUAUCGAUUUUGAUGUUACGAGACCACAAGUUUAUAAACGUUUCCUCACACUAAUUAAAAGACACAGCUAUUUGAUAAGAUUGGCCAGAGAACUUGCUGAUACAAUUAGUUUUAUUUUACUAAUUCAAUUAUCUAUUAUCAGUUUACAAUUAUGCAUAAUGGGUUUUCAAUUUAUUCUAGCGUUGAAAGACAAUGACACUGCUAUGGCAAUUAAAAGUAUAAUGGUGCAGAGUGCUUUUCUGUCACAAUUAACGCUAUAUAGUUUUAUCGGGGAUUAUCUAAAAUCUCAGAUGGAAGAAGUAGGACUUUGUGUUUAUCAAAACAUCUGGUAUGACUUUCCCACAAAACUGACAAGAAACUUAAUUUUCGUCAUUAUGCGGUCAGAAUCUCCCGUAACAUUGCGAGCUGGACAUUUUAUUGUGGUAAAUUUAUCAACCUACAUGAGCAUCCUAAAAGCUUCUAUUACGUAUCUGUCUGUACUUCGAGUAAUGGUAGAAACAUAAAAUAUAAAAUGUAAAAUAAAAAAAUUCUAAAUCGGCUUAAGAUUUGGCAAGACAGAGAUUUGUAAAGAAACAUAAAUUUAAUUAGAACGUUAUUUUAAUAAAAUUGUUGAUCAUAAU